AUUAAGUAACAGGUACGUCUCGGAGAUCCUCGUUAACUUACGAGGUUACCAAAGUUGUUUACCUUGGAUGCUUAAGACGCUGAUUUUGUUUUCUGCCGGUUUUAACUUUUGAAAUUGAUGUCUUGAAUCAAGGAUGAACACAUCCACAGGUCCAUUAUUUAAUCUGUCAACGAAGAAAGAAGAUGUCUCGACCAGACUUAAAACACAAAAUUUAAAAAGAGCGAAACAUGAGACGAAGAAGUUGGAGGAAGAAGGGAGGAAGAUGGAAGAGCGACUUAUUGAGCUUAAGAUGGCUAUGAAUAGAGAAAAGGAAGAAAGAGAAAGACAAGGCGGCGGUUUCUGGAAGAAAGGUCAAACAGGUACACUUAAUAACUAUGCUGAAGAAGUGCUGUCCAAGAAAAAGAACAAAAGUGCUUCAUCUAAAGGCAAGGUGAAAAUAUUGCGAGACAAACCAUUAGAAUUACCAGAGAGAAGUAACCAGCCCGGUACAAUGGCUUACAUUGCCCAGAAAGGGGCACAUACACCUAGAGAUAAACCUAAAGGUCCUAAAUGUGGCCAAUGUGAGGAAAGAACUGCAGCCGUGUCAUGUGUCCAAUGUUCAGAGGAUUAUUGUGCUGGAUGUUUUGCUGCCUUCCAUCUGAAAGGAAAUCUCAAGAAGCAUAGAUCUGUACCUCUUACUGCGACACCAAGACAGUGCUUUGCCUCUCCUAGAGUUUCUCAAAGUUAUAGCCAUUCUUACGACUUUGAUCAUGGAGACGGGGAUGGUGCCACUGAAUUAUAUGUACCAGAAAGUGCUAGAAAGAAGGAUAGAAAUAGUCCUGAGGGUGCUAGUGGUAAUUAUGAGAACAGUUUGUUACAAGGGUCGUACAAUGAAGCAGAACAGGCCGCGUCCUUCCAGGAUGCUCUCAUUGCAUGGAGGACUGGGGGCAAACCAGCUGACCAUAACUCAAACAGUGGAGGUAGUAGACCAUCCACAGACAGGUCCAGCAAACGUGGUGGGGUACCAUAUUCUCCUGUACAAACUCCAACUGUUAAUGUAGACACCUCCACCGGUACUGCUGACUCUUCACAAGAAGUGGAGAUUAAAUUUAACACAGCCUCAAUGACAUAUGCUGAGAGACUUAUGCUGAAGAAGCACAGACGGACAGACGUUGACAGAAUUUUCACACCCAGGGAGAAUGGGGAUGUGAAUGCCAGCCCUACACCACGAAGAACACCAAGAGAAAGGCCACCAUCUUACAAACCUCAACGUGAAUUAUCCAAUAUCUCGUUGAAAAUUGUAGACUUUAGUGAUGGGGAUUUUGAUGCUGAGGAAAGAGUAGAUUUUGGUUCCCUGCUUGAAGUUGUUAGGAUGGUAGAUGGGGAGCCAGUUCAUCACAAGGAUCCAGAUACAAUAUCUAUAGUGGAAGUUCAAGAUUCUAUAGUUGAUAAGAGUAUAGAGCAGGCUGUGGCUUAUAAGGUUCAGGAAGAUGGUGAGGAGGAGGCUUGGUCUUCCGAGGCUCGGGGUCAGGAAUCGGGAAAGUUAAAUUUUGAAGUGAAGCCACCUAGUUCUGGAAAAGCCUCGAGAAGAAAAUCAGGUAGAAAGAGUGCAAGAUCUAGUAUUGAUGCAACAACCAAAGAAACACAAUCUGUAGAGUCAGCAAGAUUAAAAUCUUCUAGGACGGAUAGAAAUGAUGCUGAAUCAAGAUUAAAAUCUUCUAGGACGGAUAGAAAUGAUGCUGAAUCAAGAUUAAAAUCUUCUAGGACGGAUAGAAAUGAUGCUGAAUCAAGAUUAAAAUCUUCUAGGACAGACAGAAAUGAUACUGAAUCAAGAUUAAAAUCUUCUAGGACGGAAAGAAAUGAUAAUGAGGCAAGAUUAAAAUCUUCGCGGACUGAUAGAAAUGAUAGUGACACUGUGUCAAGUAAAGAUUCUCAUAUUCUAGGUUCUAGAUUAAAAGACAUUGAGAACGAGGUGAAAAAAGAAGACUUCUACGCAUCUUCAGGACGGAAGGAGAAAUCCAGAUUAUUAAAAGAAAAGUCAAGCCUGUCUCAAAAAGAGAAAAGUAUUUAUAGAGAAAAUUCUGAGUUAGCGAGGGAGGAGACUAUAGUAUUUAAGGACCGCCCAGAUUCAGGUCAGUCACGGUCAUCAAAUACGAAGCCCCGCCCACAGACUGGUAAUAAAGCUAAAAAUAGACAAGGGACACAGUCUAGAACAACCAGUAGACAAGGGUCAAGACCAGGUUCAAGGACUACUAGUAGAAUAGGUUCCAGCCGGGCUGCAUCUAGAAAAGAAAAUCCAGGUUUACUAACUAAAUCACCAAGUGAUGCUCUCAAAGAGAUAGCUAGAAUGACCCCUAGUCAGGAUACAUACAAGGGUAUAGACAGCUUCUUCAUGGUUGGCGUACAACCCUCACAACAAGAGGAGAGAACCCUUACACCUACAAAACAUAAAAAUAAGGAAGAAAAAAUCAAAGUCAGUUAUCAAUUGUACAACAUGGCACCGCGAUCAUGGAAACCAGAUUUUAGUUUGACGGAUACAGUUGAUGUAGAUGAUGUUGCUAAAGAUGAGGCUGAAGAUGACAGGGCUCAUUCUGUGAUGGCUUAUCAUGCAUACAGUGAGCAAUUGGUAUCUGAUAUAACAGAAAGAAUGAUCAGUAGAUUUGGAGAGCUCCCUCUUGAUGAUGAUUCUCUUUCUGAUCAGAGUAGCGGGGGAGCUUACAGGAGUCUUGGCGAGGAAUAUAAAACAUUUACACCUAGAAGCCAUGGAUCAAGUGUUCAGAAUUCACCUAGCAUGUCUGGACGUGCUACACCUAUCCAGUCAACACGGUCACAAAUCCGAGACAGUUCCCAGACGCCCAGAAAACCUCCGGUACAGCCACCAUCCCAGACACCUAGACAGUCUGCCAGGUCCAGAGCACAAACGCCAAGACUGACAAAAUCAAGAGCAGAAGUUAAAACACCCAGAAGAUCUAAAACAUUCCAUGGAGAAAUAGAAAGACCAGAGUCUAGAGCAAUAGUUAUGGAAGGUACAGAUCUGAGUAUAUUUGAUCAUGUUGGCGAGAAAGACAACAGGGACCAGGAAGAUGAAGAUGCCCUAGGUCAGCUGGAGUGGGAACUGGCCUCACAAUCCGGCAGGGUCACUGCGGAAGGCAAGAUAUCCCGGAUGGAAAUGCCAGAGGACAUGUCAGAUGAUUCUAUAAAUAGCAGUCUGGAAAGUUUCCGAUCAAUGAGCAGGCUCGGACAAGACCAGGGAUAUGAUAUUAACAGUAGACUAAGGAAAGAUGAAUUGGAGGAUGAGGACACAAUAACAGAUGAUGAAAAUGAUGUCAGGAAUCUCAUGUGAUAAAAAUGUUUAUUAUGACUCAUUUGGAAUGAAAAAAAGCAGCUACAGAUUCAACGUUAUUUACAAAAGCAUUAAAGAAAAAAGGGGAACACAAUGUUUUAAACACAUCAAAUACCAUAUAACAGUUAAUUAAAGUGUGUGCAAUGAAAUUAUA